CUAUUCCUCCCACUGACACCAAUGAUGGGCACUAUUCUCCCACUGACACACCAAUGAUGGGGCACUAUUCUCCCACUGAUACCAACAGAUGGGGCACUCACAUUCCUCCACUGACACCAAUGAUGGGGCACUAUUCCUCCACUGAUACCAAUGAUGGGCUGCAUUCCCUCCCACUGAUACCAAUGAUGAACUACCUAUUCCUCAUCCACUGACACCAAUGAGUGGGGCACUAUUUCCUUCCCACUGACAUGUACCAAUGAUGGUUGCCUAUUCCUCCCACUGACACCAAUGAUGGGCACUAUUCCUCCCACUGACACCAAUGAUGGAGCAUUAUUCUUCCCACUGACACCAAUGAUAAGGCACUAUUCUUCCCACUGACCCCCAAUGUAAGCACCA